AGUUCGCGAUUCGUUGCCGUACCGAGCGGAUGCAGCUGAAGUCGCGAUCCAUCGAGCUUCUCCGUUACGCUUCACUGAGCAGUGCAGUGGUUGAUCGUUUGUUUGGUUGUUUUGGGAUUGAUUGUGGCAGGUGGAGCAAAACAAACCGCUGAGUAAGGCGCCUCAUAACACUUGAUUUUCUUCGUGUGGUUGGAGAAGAGUGUAAUUGGUGUAAAAUCCUGAUGGUGCAAUCGUGAGUGACAGCAGCGAAACAUGAUAAAGUGACAAAACGAAUGGACGAGACAGAUUCGUACCAAGUGAUUCAAGCCAGUGAUGAUAGCAAAACAAUCGUGACUUAAGCGAGAAACGAGUCUGUGAAAGUGAGCACAAGUUCAACGAAAGUGUUUAAAGUGGAGGGCAGGCAGUGUUUUUCUGUGUACAUGGCCCUCUUGAACAUCAAACAGGUGGAUGCAGCUCUCCAAUAAGCAUAAACAAACGUGCAAACAAGUGUGUUUAGGCUAGAAGCAAGUGAAGCCAACCAAACCAAACCAAUAUUUGCUCCAAACCCCUCAACUUGAAUCGCACCCAGGCAUAGCUCUCCGUGGGCUGGCAGCGACUAUUCGACUCCCAGCGACAUUGGACCACCCGAACUUCAUUCGAGACAGCGCACCAACUUCAUCACACCCCGUCCGAGCCGAAAUCGAUUUUCCGACCGACCAACCGACCGGAGGGUCGGUGUUGGUGGGACGUGGAGGAGCGACAAGUGGUCCACUUGAUGACAUGUUCUCGUACCAGCGUCACCGCAAGGCAGGUGCCGUUACCGUAACGUGGUGCCGUGUUUAUCCGCGGUCCGAUUGUUUGUGCAGCGAUUGGGUGGAGCUGUGAAAAUUUACCCCUGUCCACAAGGCCUUCCGCCGGUCGGAGUUGCAGAUGCACCGGUGCCGGAGGACGGCGAAACGAGUGAUGUAAUACUGUCGGUCGGAUUGUGUUAGCAUAACGCUCGGUCCGGAUGAGCGGACCUCCUUUCCGAUUCUGCGAACCGUGAAUUUUGUGCACGCGUGAGAACCUUGCAAAGGGUGAAGGUGCUUUCGAGCGGUGGAAAGUUUGACAGGAAGGCACAGAUUUUUCGGUGAAUUAUAGUGAUAGUGCAGAGGCAUAACACUGAAGAUCGCGGUUCGCUAUCAGCAAACUGCGUACCGUGAGUGAGUGACUAAAGUGUUGUGUACGCAAGACGAUCGGCAGAGGCUUCAGCGUAACCUUCACCUCGAUGCAAGUGUAAACAACGUGUCGGAUGUAACGUAUCACCCGUGUUCCAGCUGAGCAAACAGUAGCCAAAUCUGAGGCAGAAGACGCGGAAAGAGCACCAGACAGCAGAAGGCGGGAGAAAACCGCAAACAAGUGACAGGGUCCUCCAAAUGGCGGACAGCCGUGAAAGAAUUCGCGCCCCACCACGGGACGGGCGCGAAGGGUUCACCAGUCCGCGGCAGGUGCUCCGCCGGCUGAUGCUGUUAUCGGAGGGUCGACAGUAUCGUGAGGCCGCCACCGUCGUCGGUCGUCUAGGACCGUCCGUGCUGCGUUCGGUCGUUGCCGAGCUUCCGAUGGACAUCCUGAUCGAGGCACUGCCCCACAGCACCUACCUGCUCGAGUCCUUCUUCAACCGGCUAAAUGCGGUCGUUGCCACCCAACGCCCGGACGUUCCGUGUGAAGCGAUCAUGUGGCAUCUGGUGAAAUUGUUCAGCAAUCCACACGAGACAGGGCUACGGCAACGCUGCAUGAAACUCGCGCAAGCGAUCGGUGUGUGGCAACCGUCGUUGCGGGAAUCGCUGCUCGCGCGUCGCAAACAGCUCGAUCAAGCGAUUCAAGGGCUCGGUGUGCACGGGCUGACAGCCGACCAAACCGGCAGUCUCAUAUCGCUGCACGUUGCGCUGAAAAAUGAGCUGCAGCGACACAUCGACACGUACAAGACUGCCAUUCACAAGCUGGAGGAGCUGAGCCCGGUUACCGCACAUCAGGAUCCUGCUCAAUCGUCCCACCAGCGGCUACUCGCGAUCGGGUACGGUGACAUCCAGCAGCGGCUGAUCGACAACAAGACGCUGCUGACCAUGCUAGACAAACCGGCGCUCAAACAGUUGGCCCAGCUGGUGGAAAACCUGUCCCAGCGGGUACAAAACGAUAAGGAGGUGCUGUUCUGCGUCGGUCAGAUCCGGCGUACCGAUGCGACGGCAAACACCGAGGAACGGCCGGCGGCCGGGCUGCUGAUGAACUAUUCGCGCGGUUGCGACACGGUGCUAGGGUUGAUGGGACCGAUCGCCACCCUGCCACCGAGCAGCCCCACCAGCAACGGUUGCAGCAGCGGUGGAAGCGAUGGCUACCAUUCCGAUUCCGACAUCGAUGAGACUAACUCGGAGCUGGUGCGACAGUACAGCGUGAUGUACAGCAAAAAUCGCAUCGACACACUGGACUCGCUUAACUCGCUGCCCCAGCUCAAACACGCCCAUCAGCUAAAGGCCAAGAUACUGUUCUCCAUCAUUGUGCUUGCCUUCCGUGCCUGCCAUGGGCUAAAAGAGCGCAAGGUGCUGGAGGUGCGUCGAACACUGUACGUGCUGGACGCGAACGAUGAAGCUACGGCCGCGCUGGAUCGGGCUGUGCGGCAACAGCUCAAGGAGACGGCCGAACGGUUCCCGAUGGGUGACGUCGAGCGGCAGGUUGCCAACCAGGUCCUGUCUACGCUGCACGAGUACCCCUGCCUGGAGGCUUGCAUACCGCUCAUCCACUACAUCAGCGACUGUGUCCGAUUAGCUUGGCGCAUGGUGAAUCAAACAAACCCAUACUACCUCGAUACGGAUUUUACUCUCGGUCUUCUGCAACCGGAGAAGCACGAACGAUACCCGAUAUCCGAGAAGCGUUCCGACAUUAUCCGUGCGUUCUUGUGGCCAGCACUGAUGCAGAAUGGGCACUGCGUUUACAAAGCGGUCGUCGCCACUUAGCACACUUACCACCACCGCACGGAGGAGCACACCACGCACACGCACACCAACGACGACGAUGACGCACUGUACAUAUCAAAGCAGAUCCUGUUCUGGGUGUAGUUUUACUGUGGAAAUAAAAUUUUAUUUGUAUA